AUGACUGGAUAUGAUGAUCCUCUGGAUUUGGAAUUUGAGGAGCCCCUGAAUUUUCCACCUGCUUUAGCCAAUAAAAAGAAAAAGGUCAUAGGGUUAGAUGAUCUAUUGGCGGAUUACUACGAGGAGAAAAGUAAAGUUGUUGAGAGGGAAGCCAAAAGGGCCAAGAAGAAGGCAAAAUAUGACUCUGACGAGGAUAUGGAUGAAAGAGAAAAAGAGUUUCAUGAUCAAGUUGAUGAAAUCGAAAAGACAAUGGGCCAUCUAAGUGGUGACGAGGAUGCAUUUGUUUGGGGUCUUCAAGUGUUUGGAAAUCAGGAAUCAUUUCCUCCUCUUCAGGUGGAUGAGAUUGAAAGUUGUGAGCUUUUGCAAUGUGUAAGAAACGAUGAGGUCAAUUCUAUGGUAGGCCUGGAGGCUCAGAAAGGAGCAACUUUUCUUGAAGGAUUAUUAAAAAAUGGAUGGCUAUUGAACUUGGUUUCCACACGUCAUCAUUUGGAAAGCCCCAUAGCUGCAUGGACAUUUUACUUGAUGUUAUAUUCGCCAAAUGAAGUGUUGAGAAGAAAUGCAUACGACUUUUGGUCCGGUGUUCUGCGGCUCAAAGAUAAGGCUGGCAAUUUAAGGAUAAAACUAAAUUGGCUUCCAAACUAUCAUCAACUGAAAAGAGCAAUUGAAAUAUAUGGCUUUGGGCUGGACGUUCCUGCCAGAUUAUCGUCUGAUGUUGGGAUGGAUGCUACAGGUUCUGAGUCCCCAGGACCACCUCAAAAUAUUCGAUAUUGGAUAAAAUAUGCGUCUGUUUGCUUCCAAGUUAGGGAAACAUGGCAAAUUUUAUCUACUUCAGAGGCAGAGGAUUUAACGUUUGUUGUUAUUACUCUGUUCUUAGACCGCGUAUUGUCAGGUCUUUCCAUUUGUCUGCAUGAAUGUUUGAUUGCAGCUGUGAGUUACUUCAAAGAUGAUGAAUGGCAAGCAAGCAGUCAGAAAAUUGCAGAAAAUCUUGCUUCAAGACUACCAAAUGAUGUAAAUUGUCUGAGGGUAGUAGAAAGUAUCUCUGGUGUGGAUGCACGUAGUAAGCACCUCAGGAGUGCAGUUGCUUUUCAGUUUCUUUUGAAAUGUUUCGAGAAGAAGCAAGCUGAUGCCGAAGAGAUCUUGGAAUUGUUGACUUCAACUAACGUGAAGGAUAAGAGCUCUGAUUUCUACAAAAUGUACGUACACUUGAGCCUGGCAGAGAAUUGGCUUCUGUACGAUCUUCUGUUGAAAAACAAACCAGUCAUCUGUCAAAUGUGGGGUCUUUGUUUACGUAAUUUUUCUUGUAACAUUUCGAGCACGGAUAUGAGAUCCCAUGCCUCAAAGGAACUUCCCUCAAAUGAUCAAAAUGGUGACCCCUCUCCAGUUGUUCGUUCCUCUUCCUCUGUGAAGACCCGUUUAGCUAGCAUAUGCCCAUUUUGCUCAGUAGACUGA